UUCUGGCGACUUCUGUUUUAUUGUUUUUAAAUUAUUAUCUCUUUCAUUACCAUUUUUAAAUCACUGACCUCUGACCCCAGUAUGCCGCCAAAUACGACCUGCGGAAGUGAACCGGAAAUUGUCAUCAGCUAACAGUAGCUAGCAGUUUGUCAACAAAGAUUAGACUAACCGAACAUCGGGCGAAUCUGAUUAUUGAUUCCUAUUGACCAGCUUAUCGCCUGCUUUACAGUCGGGUCAGACGGAGCAAACUGCCCGGUUACACUUCUCGUCCCGCCGCGGUUCGUUUCGUAAACAUGUGUGAGGAGCAGACCGUGUCUCUGGUUGAUGUUCUGGAGGAAGAUGAAGAGUUGGAGGAAGAAGCCUCAGCAGUUUUGGCAGGAAGUGACUCAGAUCACUGCUCGUACCCUCAGGGCUACGUGAAGCGUCAGGCUCUGUACGCCUGUAACACCUGUACACCAAAGGGAGGAGAGGCAGCAGGAGUGUGUUUGGCCUGUUCAUAUAAAUGUCAUGAAGGUCACGACCUCUUUGAACUGUACACCAAGAGGAACUUUCGCUGUGACUGUGGAAACAGGAAGUUCACGGAGCUGAAGUGUAAACUUUACCCUGAUAAAGACGAGGUCAACAGCCUGAAUAAAUACAGCCAUAACUUCUUUGGAGUUUACUGUACCUGUAGCCGGCCUUAUCCAGACCCAGACGACCAGGUGGAGGACGAGAUGAUUCAGUGUGUGGUCUGUGAGGACUGGCUGCACGGCAGGCACCUGGGCUGUGCGGUUCCAGACUGUGUGGAACUGCAGGAGAUGAUCUGUGAGUCCUGCAUGAACAAGAACCCCUUUCUGUGGACGUAUGCUGCUCACCUUGCAGUUCCAGGUCCAGCAGCACAGGUGAAGGAGGAAAGAGAAGCAGAUUCAAACACAGACCUUCCUAACAAAGACGAACAGGUCGGCGGCGGCGUGGAGCCCAGGUGUAAGCGGAGCCGCGAGGAGGCAGAAUCCAGCUGUGGACUGAAGGAGCUGCAGGCACGCCGUCAGGAAAGAGUCCGAUCAGGAGCCGUGUUCUGGCCGUCGGCGUGGCGCUCCAAGCUGUGCUCCUGCAGCGCCUGCCAGGAGCACCUGUCCAAAGCCGACCUGUCCUUCCUGUUGGACGAGUCGGACACCGUCCUCGCCUAUGAGAAAAAAGGAAAGAACAAUGAACAGAAACAGGAAGGACACGACCCUCUGAUGUCGGCGCUGGACAACCUGAACCGAGUGCAGCAGCUGGAGAUCAUCCACGGAUACAACGACAUGAAGACUGAACUGAAGGACUUCCUGCAGAGAUUUGCUGCUGAAGGAAAGGUCGUGACUCCUGACGACAUCCGUCAGUUCUUCGAGCAGCAGCAGAGUCGCAAGAGACGAAGAGUCGACGCUGGGCGAUUCUAUUGCACCUGAAUGCCUCUGACCUUUGACCUCCCCCUGUCCAUGUAACGACCACGGAUUUUGUCCUGACGGGGAUUGUCCCGUGUCAUUUCCUGUCAUGUUUCCUGUGGAUCAGCUAAAGUUUGUGAAUUUUCUCCACAUUUUAAAGUUUUUUUCCCUGAACUUGUUUUUAAUGUCUGUGUUUCAGAGGUCAAAUGUCACCCACACUGUUCUGUCACUGUGUGUGCUUUUUAAUGGAAACCAAUAAAAGUGAAACACAACACCAGCAUGGAGUCUGAUGAUGACUAACACAGAUGUUGAGACGCUGUGACACCGGAGCCAUUCAGCACCUCCUCAGUGGGAGGACUGGGACCAGAGACCCUCAGCUUUGUUGAAGUAGUGCAACAGAAGCCAAACCUGAUGUGUCCUCAGUCUUGUUGAGUAUCUCCUGUCAAAAAGUGUCCACACAGCAGCCGGAGCUCCUGACGUGUUUCUGUGUGAGUGAAGCUGUGAACUCUUUCCACGUGUCUCUGAGCUGUGGUGGACACAGUGUGAGGGACAGUACGGUGGUCAGUCUUACUUCCUGUGUUUGUAUUUGUCGUGAUGAAAAUGCGUCUUGUGAUGUUUUGUGAUGCUGAACAGGUUUGAAGCUGCAGGUCUGUCUGUGCACAUCAAACACUGACGUUAACCCUUUAACCUCCGUCCUGCGUCACUGAAUCAAAUCAGUGGCUGCUGAGCUGCAGGCGAACGAUGAUGAAUCACGUCAGAGUCACGUUAAUGUCAUUGAUCCUGUCUCUGCUUCAGCUCACGUCUGAUUUGUUCAGGUUCAUAUUCACACCACAGAACCAACAAGUAACAGCUCGUAUUUGUCAGAUUAUGAGUCUGCUGUGAUCUUCUCCAGCCCCCCCGCCCCCCCCACCCCCUCCCCUCCUCUCCCUCCUCCCCCUCCUCCUCUGCUCCUCUGGAUUCAGCCUCUCGCAGACGGAGCAGCUCAAAUCAAACACAUCAACAUAAAACUGAGAACAACCAAAGACGAAACAUCGGCCAAUCAGAAUCACUCAGGUAUUUCUCAGUGAGCAGGUGAUCGUUGCCGUGACGAUGGUGAGCAGGGUCCUGAGGAUGACCGUGGGAAACGUUUCAGUGUCGACUUUGACUCGUCCAAAAGAAGUCCUGAAGGAGACGAGGAAGAUGAUUUACAGCAAACCUCCCAGGAACAGGAUUGGAGCCGCACAAAGCCUCUUUGUUAUGUCGGUGUUCGCGGCCGCCAUGUUGACUCCGGCUGCCUGGAUCCUUCGUCACCUGCCAGAGUACCGGGAAAGGUCCAAACAGGUCCAGCAGACUCCCAGGACCUGAACUUCGUCUUAACUGUCUCCAGCUCAUCCUCAGCACAAACAGCUGAAGUUCACACGUCAGCAUAUUUUAAGGUGAAAUCAAUAAAUGUGAGGUAAAAUGUAUUUAAUCCUCAACACUGAAGUGUAAUUAAUGAAUAUUUGAUCAUGAUGUAUAUACAAAGCUGUUCUGAGGAAGUAGGAAGUGUUUGAAGAUAAAAUAAAAGCUUGGGUUUGUGUGUU